UUGUCCUCCGCCAUGAGUCUCGCGACCCCGAACUUGCGCAAAAAUACGUCGAGACGUCGAGCUGGCUCGCAUCUACAACCGCAGGACGGUCACCAUGCUGCUCUUACUGCCAUCAGGUCCUUUCUCAAGGGCCGCACCUGCUAUGAUGCCUUUCCAAUCAGCUUCAGGCUCAUCGUACUCGACACCAAGCUUAAUGUUAAGCGCGCCCUACAAUGUCUCAUUCUAAAUAGUGUUGUGUCUGCUCCCCUUUGGAAUAGCGAAACUUCUAGAUUCGCCGGAAUGCUCACCGUCCUCGACAUCAUUCAUCUCAUCCAGCACUACUACAACGUCGCGACGAUGACAUAUGAAGCGGCUGCCCUGGAUGUAGAAGGCCUCGUCCUCGAAGAUCUUAGAGGAAUCGAGACUCAGCUUGGCGUCGCGCAGCCCCCUCUUUUAUCAGAACAUCCAUCUAGCACUUUAUACCAGGCCGCAAAGGUCCUCAUACAAACCCAUGCCCGGCGCCUUCCCCUUCUCGAUGUUGACACAGAGACCGACCAGGAAGUCAUUGUCUCAACUUUAACAACAUACCGUCUCCUCAAAUUUAUAUCGAUCAAUUGUACUAAAGAAAUCCAACAACUCCACUUACCUUUGCGCAAACUCAAGAUCGGUACAUAUGUAGCACCUCCCGCCCCAGGCCAAAAACCUUAUUAUCCGAUCGCGACUGCUGGCCUCUCGACUACCGUUUUUGAUGUCGUCCACCAAUUUUCUGCUCUGUCUAUUUCUGCCGUACCCAUCAUUGAUGAUGAUGGUAUUGUGGUUAACCUUUACGAGACGGUUGAUGUCAUUACACUUGUACGCCUGGGUGCAUACCAUACACUUGACCUCACCAUCUCCCAAGCGCUAAACCAGCGUUCUCCCGAUUUUCCUGGUGUCGUGAUUUGUAACGCAUCAGAUUCCCUUGGUACUCUCCUACAGCUCAUAAAGAAGCGAAGGGUCCACCGUUUGGUAGUAGUAGAAGGAGAGGAGGAGGAACGAAAGGGCGGAAAGAAAGGCCGACUAUUAGGUAUAAUUACCCUCAGUGACGUUCUCCGAUACGUUAUUGGUGCAGCGAGUAUAGGCGAAGGAUAUGACCCUAGCCAGAGGACGAAGUCAGAGGAUACACUGAAUCCUCCGUCCCCGUCCCAAUCGCGGGCUUGAACGGUGAUAUCUUGUAUUUUUUAUAUCUAGACGAUUUCUGGCUGUGAUAUCAGUGGAUUCUUUUUUGAUGUAUGGGGUGCAUCUUCUGACAUUAGUUUCGUAAUCACA